UUUCGAUUUAAAUUUGACGAUAUUUGAGUAAUUAUUCAAGUGCAUAAUUUCAUCAUUUUACAAUGUUUUGAAUCAUUUACAGCUGUAUUAAGGGGAUUAAGGAGGGCGUCUUUGGGUGCAGUGCUUUAUUAAUUUAAUGAGUACCGAGAAACGUAUCUAACAAUCUGGAAAUGCUUUUAUUUUGAUCAUAAACAAUGCGUUCACGAAUUGAUACCUUUAAUCUUCUGACUGUAAUAAGACGAACAAAUAAAUAGUGAAGUCUAUCCAAUGAAAAUUUUAUGUCAGUUUAAUUUUUUUUGCAACAAACAAGUGUUUGUGACACUUCAAUUAUUUUGUUAGAAGUUUUUAGUGAUAAAAUGGCCAAAAUUACUUCCAAAGAGGUUUGGGAAAUCGUUAAACUUUUACGAAUCGAUGUUUUCUUCUUUUUGGCAACUCUGAGUACUUCAUUACCUGGAAUCGCUCUCAACCAACUGAUGCAGGAUAAAUUUUGUAUCAACACAUAUCCAGUCAACGAAAGUGUCUGCUUAAAUUUGGAGGCUGCUGGACCUGAAUAUGAUACAGUUAGGAAUGAUGUAUUGAAAGACACAACAACACUUAAAAUGAAUAUUACUCUAAUGACUACAAUACCAGCGAUGAUUUUAUCACUCAUUUUGGGUUUUUGGAUUGAUAAAUAUCCUGGUCAUCUACGAUAUCUUCUUGGUUCAGCAUCUUUAGCAAAUAUCUGUCAAAACAUCAUGACUAUACAUCAAUGUUUACACUUUGAAAUGGGCGCGGACUCGCUAUUAUGGACGAAUUUGGUUCCAGUGUUCACUGGAAGCGGAAUUAUUAUCUCAAUAGGAACCUUUACUUAUGCUACAAGGAAGACACCAGCCAAGUUUCGAGCUGUUAGGUUCAUGAUACUUGAAAUUUGCAUAUUUGCAUCUAUGCCUGUUGCAAGCCUUGUGGGUGGAGGUGUACUCGCAGCUAAACCAUGGUUUCCAAACCAGCAUCGUAACUACAUUGGAGUUUACAUCAUUUCAUCGGUAAUCGCGGUUAUUGCGGCUGUUUGGGUUAUGUUGUUGCUAUAUGACGCUGCUGACGAUGAGGUUAAAACAGCUGAAUCUCACCCAAAGGAUGAUGCCUCAAGUCCUGAUAAUAAGGAAAGCAAGAAGAAAACAGUGAAACAAAUAAUUUAUGAUAUAAUCAAACCUGAUAAUAUCCUUCAUUCAAGUCGCACAGUUUUCAAAAAGAGACCAAAUAAUGCUCAAUGGUACUUAAUAUCAACAAUCGUGGUGUCCAUCAUAGCAAACAUUGGUUACACUGGUGAGCAACAUAUUGGGUACCAGUUUACGCAAAAAGUAUAUCAUUUCAGUGCUGAGCAAAUUGGAUAUUAUGGGGCAAUUCUCGUUAUUUUCCCUGCUUUGGGUACACUUAUUGGUCCUCCUCUAUUCAUUAAUGUAAUGCAUCUUCAUGAUACUUCAUUGGCCAUAAUUGGUAUUGUCUCAAUAAUGACAGCUUUCCUCGCCAAAGGUUUUAUCCUCAGUCCAAUAGCCUACUUCUUCACCCUAUUUGGUUCGUUCGCUGCUGUCAUUCCUCUUGCCGAUCGAUCAAUCAUUUCUCGAAUGAUUCAUAAAGACGAGAUUGGUCAAGUUUAUGCAUUUUCAUCAGCUAUCGGAGGAUUUUCUCCAACUAUCGCAUCAGUGUUUUAUAGCAAAGUGUUUACAGCAACAUUGGACUACAAUCCUGGUCUUGUGUACAUAAUUGCUGGUUUAUUAUUCACUUUUCCCUUAGCUAACGCUAUUGUACUCAACAUAAAAAAGAUGAAAUGGGAUUUAGUUUUGAUCGCUGAAAAGGAAAAGGAAACUCAAGAAAACAAAGUUGAACUCACACCACUUGCAAAAUAACGAAUUUAAUUCCCUUAUCCGGACUUACAUUGUGAAUUACAUAAUUUUGAUACAAAUCAGACUCUCACUUCCAUCUCGACUAAUUCAUCGUUUAAAACAGAUCUUUUUAAUCAUUCAUUUCGUGCUUCCCAAAUAAUCAAACCAAAAUUUUAUGAUGUUUCAAUUAUAAAUAAAGAUCGAUAAAUCCUUUUUGUUUA